GCCUAGUAGCUGAGAGUGCGCGCCCUUCUUUGGCGCGAUCUUGGGCCAGGCUUUGAACUUGGUUAUCGCCUUCAGUUUUCGCUCUGGCUUGCAGCAGGGGCAAGCAUCCUCCAACCCGAGGUACGAAGGAGAAAGACCCUGUGAGCCCUUUGUUUUCCAGCGGAGCAUGAGACUGCCCGGAAGAGUAGGAGAUGCGGCGGAGCUGCGCAAGAGCCUGAAGCAGCUGCUGGAGAAGCGCCGGCGUGCGCGGAUCAACCAGAGCCUGAGCCAGCUGAGGGGUCUCGUAUUGCCAAUGCUGGGCGCGGAGACUUCCCGCUCUUCGAAGUUGGAGAAGGCGGACAUCCUGGAAAUGACCGUGCGCUUCCUACAGGAGCAGCCUGCGUCCCUGUACUCCACUACAGCGUCUGGGCCUUUGGAUGGCUACCUCGAGGGUUACCGAGCCUGUCUGACGCGCCUGGCCGGCUUGCUGCCCGCCUGCAACGUCCUGGAGCCGGCCGUGAGCGCGCGCCUGCUAGAGCACCUGCGACAGAGGACUGUCAGUGGUGGCCCGCCCUCACUGACGCCUCCACCAGCUCCAGCUCCAGCUCCCUUUCCUCCCGUGCCUCAUCCGGGCACUCCCGGCCUUUGGAGGCCAUGGUAGGCUCCUGGAUGUUCCACAGGAUCCCGCUGCCCGCUCUCAGGAACCUGGGUGGGCCAGCUGAACAAGGAAGUUCUCGAUGGUGACCGCAUCUUCUCACUUUGAGAACAGUCUAGCUCCAACUGCCCUGACAAGAAUCGGAUGCUCUGACCUGUCUGAGUGAUGAAACCUUCAAGGAAGGGCUCAGCCAGAGGGGGGAAUGGGACGAAGGAGAAAGAGCAAAUAUGUGCUGGGUGAGGAGGAAGAGGCCCAGACUGGAAGGAGUGGCUCUGGCAUUGGGCCAGCCAGAGCUGCCUGGGCAGGGACACACCUGCCCUAGUAUGGGCAGCAUACCAAAGUCUGGUCUCGAAGCUCACCUGGGCCUGGUGCCCAUCACCUGUUAGAAUGGGUCACUGCGUUUCCAGCCAUGCCUGGAUAUGCUUCCAGCUCAGCUGCACUUGUGAACAGAACCUUGGCUUGGGGACUUUGCUCCUCUGCAGAGCAAAGGCAAAGGGACAGGAGGAGGACAGCCACUCCUCCGCUUCUAGGCCUCCCUUCUCACUGAUCUGCAGAAGCUGGUGUGGGUUUUCCUGUUUGAUUCUCUAAGCGUCAUUUCUCCCCACCGCCUGUCCAGUGGUCUUGGGAUGUGAGGGGAGGGCGGGACAAGAGGAAGGCUUCCCCGUGGCUUUGGAGGAGCAGAGCACAGGCCCUGGAAUGCAGGAACUCUGGAGAAGCCGAGGAAGGACCACCAACAGCCUUGCCUGCUUUCUCUGGUGAGCCACUCCCUGAAUCCAGGCGGCUGGGCUAUCACAAACAACUUGCUCGUUUCUACCACAUGGAAGCCUACAAGCCCAUCAAGACUUGGGGAAGGGCCUUCAGGAGUGGGUGUGUCACACAAAAUGGGAGGAUUUGUUAACUACAAGUCCAUGGGGAUUUGCACAAAGCCACAAAGCUCCUUCGCCCUCAGUCUGUGCUGGGACCAGGACACUAAAGCCAGGAAGACAGAUUGACCGGGGCAGGGACAGUCACUGUCUGCUUGGCUAUGCACAUCUAUGACGAGUCUGGGCACUGAUUUAGGCAGUAGGGUGAGGAAAUUGGAGGCAUUCUUAAGAAGGAAGACAGUAAACAUGGAAAAGGGAAGGGGGCUCCCGGCAGUGCUGUGCUGGGCCCCGUCAACUCUUGGGAGGCUGGGCUGCUCAUAGUGCUCCUGUGUGUACAUCAGCAGAACUGUAUACACAGUGGCUGUGCAAUGAACAGGAUGAAUUAAAGGAGCCUACCUGACUGGCUCACACUGUAUCGAA